AUGACCAAUACUCUUCCUCCUCAUCACUCACCAAGAUCUCCUGAGAAUUUCGAUUGGAAACAGUUUUUGUUGGAUUCUCCUGAUCAUGAUACACACAAUCUGGCUAGCUCAUCAAAUAUGCCUGCUCCCGAUGCUCCUACUUCAAUCAAUAGACAUUCAUCAGAAGGAAUUCGAAGUGAAAAUCCACAGAGGGAAGGGAACUAUGAGCAUCAAUCCUUGAAGUCAGUACCAACGAAAAGGAAAAGAACUCCUUCGAUGAAGCAGGUGGAAUUUUUAGACAGAAAACAAGAAAGAAGAAAGGCAGUAUCUUCGCUGAUUGAUGAAGUGAGACAGGCUAAAAAAUCAGCUGGACAACCAAAUCCCGACAAAGCAAGAGGAAGGGUUUCAAGAGAUCGAGCACAUGGACAUGCAAAAAGAUAUCGAGAGCGAAUGAAAGCAGAGAUUGGAUUCACAAGUUGGAAUCAUGCUCGUAUGCAUCAAUUGAUCCUUUUGGAAAAGUCCGGCAGACUUACACACGAACAAGGAAAAAAGCUUUCAGAUCACCGUAAAGCCAACUAUUUGCGUGUACAGCAAUGCAGAGAAAAGAAAAGAGCAGAGAAAAGCAGUGUACAAAACGCAUCUAAACCACCGCAAUGA